GACAAAGAUAACACAGUGAUAGUCUUGAAAGUCGAAAAGACAGGAGAGAUUCUUGGAGGAUAUAAUCCCUUAAACUGGGAAAGAAUUAGAGGGAGAAAAUAUAAAAAAACUGAUGCUAGUUUUAUUUUUUCUUUAAAAAUAAAUGAAAAAUCCAGUUCUAAACUUAGUAGAGUUAAAAAUGAAGACGUUGCAAUUUGCUGUAUGGAAGACUUUAGACCAUCUUUUGGCUAUUUUGAUCUAUAUAUGUCUAGCAAAGAUGAAAAGGUUUGGGGAUGUUCUAAAGCAAAUUACGAAAAAGAAAUCAAAAUAGCAGGCGAAUUUCUAAUAGAAGAUUACGAAGUGUUCCAACUUUCAUAUAAUAAAGAUAUAAGAUUAUUAACUGAUCCAACCAAUUUUUCGGCCAAAUCCGAUAUAAGAUUAUUAACUGAUCCAGCCAAUUUUUCGGCCAAAUCCAAAUCAGAAAAGAAACAUAACGUCGUUUAUAACAAUAAAGAUAUAAGUUUAUUAACUAAUUCAGCCAAUUUUUUGGCCAAAUCCAAGUCAGAAGAGAAACAUAAUUUAAUUUAUGACAAUAUUUUUGACAUUCUUAAUUGCAUUGAGUUAUUAGAACCUUGUAUUACCAUAAAAAGUAAGAGUAAUUCAGGAUAUAAAAAUUGUGCAGACUAUCUGACGAUAACCUCUGAUUCUAAUUUUAUGUCAGUGCGUGUAGCAGUAUCUCAAGGAAUAACAUCCACUGCGUGCGAUAAUAUCGAACGACUGCUUUCACUGCUGAACAAACAGAAGACCGCCAUUUACAAUUUACUGGACAAACAGCAUGUAUAUGCCGUGGGACCUGAUUUUCAGAAAGGCUACUCUGUGCCAUGCAUUGCCUGCUGGACUAUCGAGCCUAUCAGUAAAUCAAUAAUAAAACAGCUAUCAGCUUUGUUUGAUCAUGAAUUUGAAAUCAUAAUCCAUGUAAAUAGCAAUGUUGGCAAUCAAGAUAAAAUUUUAGAUAAACAUUUAAAUAGCAAUAAUGGAGAUGAUGGUGGCAGUAAAAUGAUUAAUCCGUUUAUUCAAGUUUCGUCUGUAGAAAUCAUCGACACUUAUCUUUGGGCCAAUAUUAGUACUGACGAACAUAGAUCUAAUAACGUUCUAGAAUUUAGCAUUGACUUAUUCAAUUGUGGGGUAGGUGAGAUGCUUAGUGAAAUUUGUCAGUUGUCUCACGGCUUUGUCGGUUACUAUCUUGAUUCUAUCAGAAUUGGG